AUGCGGGAGGUGCAGGACUGGGCAGCGAGUCGUGCUGUGACCUGCGUGAGCCAGGGGUCAAUCUAUCGAGAGUUUACGCCAACAGUGCAUAUGGAGGUGACGAGCAUGGUGUGGGACUGGUUCCAGCGCGAGGGCUUCAUCGGGCAGAUCAGCGACAUCCGCGUCCAGAACCUCCAAGUGGAGAGGGAAAAUGUGCAGAAGCGGACCUUCACCCGGUGGAUAAAUCUACACCUAGAAAAGUGCAACCCUCCGCUAGAAGUUAAUGAUUUAUUCGUUGAUAUACAAGAUGGCAAAAUCCUGAUGGCUCUGUUAGAAGUUCUGUCUGGGCACGAACUGCUGCAUGAAUACAAAUCCUCAUCCCAUCGUAUUUUUCGGUUGAACAACAUAGCGAAGGCCCUUAAGUUUUUGGAAGAUAGCAAUGUGAAGCUGGUGAGCAUCGAUGCAGCGGAAAUAGCAGACGGCAACCCCUCUUUGGUUCUUGGCCUGAUAUGGAACAUAAUCCUCUUCUUCCAGAUUAAGGAGCUCACGGGCAGCCUCAGCAGGAACUCUCCAUCUUCCAGCCUGUCCCCUGGCUCGGGGGGCACAGACUCGGACUCCUCAUUCCCACCCACGCCCACCACAGAGAGGAGCGAGGCGCUGACCCUCAAAGACCAGAGGAAGGCCAUCAAGACCCUGCUGGCAUGGGUACAGAGGAAGACGAGGAAGUAUGGUGUGGCAGUCCAGGACUUUGCCGGCAGCUGGAGGAGUGGGCUGGCUUUCCUGGCUGUGAUAAAAGCCGUUGACCCCAGCCUGGUGGACAUGAAGCAGGCGCUAGAAGAUUCUGCACGGGAGAAUCUGGAGAAGGCCUUCAGCGUUGCACACGAUGCCCUUCACAUACCCAGGCUCCUGGAGCCAGAAGACAUCAUGGUUGACGUGCCGGACGAGCAGUCCAUCGUGACCUACGUGGCGCAGUUUCUGGAACGUUUUCCGGAGUUGGAAGCUGAAGACUGGAUGGAUUCAGAUAAAGAGUUCCCCAUUGAAUCCACAUUCGUCCACAUCCGGGACACCCCCUCUGAACAGGAGAGCAAGAUCCUCCUCCUGGCUGAAAACGGGGAGCGUACCUACACGGUCAACCACGAGACCAGCCAGCCCCCUCCAGCCAAAGUCUUCGUGUGUGACAGUCCCGAGACUCUGAAGGAGUGCCUUCAGCCUCCCCGUCCGGGCAGCCUGCCCAGCUCCACGUCCCCAGAGCUGAUGCAUGAGAUCAUCGACCACGGCCUCCAGGGGGUCCCCAGCAAGGGCAGCGAGCCCUCCCCAGAGGUGUCCAUCCUGUCCUGUAGAAAGGAGAACCGCAGGGCCAACUCCCUGCCGAUCAAGAAGACCGUCCACUUCGAGGUUGAUUUUUUCAAAGAUGCUUCUUGCAGCAAAGACCCUUUCUACAGUCAGAGGCUUUCCUUAGACGGGAUCCCACAAGGGACAGAAGAGUCUGUGAAGCAGAAGAGAUGCUCCUCGGCUCUUGCGGUUAAUGAAGAAGAGAAAGCAAAGCAGGAAGUCUCAGAGCCCCCGGCAGCAGCCCCCGACGAGCCCCCUGUCGGCGUUCCUCUGGUCAGUGACUCGUCCUCCUCGAGUCUCCUCGCCUCCAAUGGGCCCCUGGAGACUCCAGUCCACCCCGUGGGGGAGUGUCCCUCCGACAACACCAUUAUGGCCAAUUCCUUUGAGGUCAAGGUGCCACUGCUGAGCGUAGACUUCGUCGAUAAGGAAGACUCUUUGGAAGCUAUCCCUUUGAAAGCCUCAAAGUUUAACAGCGACCUGGAGGAUUUCACAGAUUUUGCGUCCACCAGCCAAGCUUUCAGGGAGCCUCCCUCCAGUCACCAAGACAAGGUUGUGCAGCAGGACAGGGCCGAAGGACACGCGGAAGAACUGGGCAAAAGGAGCGCCAAGUCUGCCCACAAAAAGGACGACGCAGACAGGACCCCCAGGGACCCUGGAGAGGACGCGCAAGGCUCCUCGCUGACCCCCGAAGAGGUGCCCCUGAAACCGGAGGUGUACGAAAAGGCCAAGCAGAAGUCCGUGCGUCAGGACAGCAAUGACAGCCAGGGGGCGGAGGAGUUUGGGGAGGACGAUGAGGAGCUGCCCUCCAAUCCCCCAAGCAGCAGCGUCAGCCUGGAGACCCUCAGGAGCCACAGGAAGGAGGGCCUGAACUUCAGACCCUCCCCUCCCCUGUCCAAGGUCUCGGUCAUCCCCCACGACCUCUUCUACUAUCCGCACUACGAGGUGCCCCUGGCCGCUGUCCUGGAAGCCUACACCGAGGGUUCUGAGGACUUGAAGACGGAGGACCCCGACCUCGACGGGCCCAGCGGCUACCUGCAGGACCUGGACACCGGGGACGACCAGACCGAUGGCUCGCAGAGCAGCUGCAGUUUCUCGGUGACCGACAUGGACCUUCCUGGCACCAGUGACCGGAUGUCCUGUCCCGACAGCCAGGCUGUGGACGCCCAGCCAGGCCCAGAGCCUGCGCCCUCAGCUCUCCACGAGGACGACCAGCAAGGCGGGACCACAGAGGACAACCAGUCCCAGGGACCCCUACUCUCAGAGAAGUUAGAGAAACCUGUAGAAGAAAAGGUCGCCCCAGAAUCCACCAGCAGUAAAAAAAAGGAGAAGAAGAAGCACGUGGACCACGUGGAAAGUUCCGUAUUUAUAGUGCCCGGAACCGUCCGGUCCUCAGAUGACCUCGAGGACGACACUGCUGAUUUCAGAAUCCCCUCCAGGACUAGUCACAGCGACUCCAGCAUUUACAUCCGACGGCAUAGUAAUAGGUGUUUGGAAUCGGAUCAUUUUAGCUAUGUUCAGUUGAGGAAUGCAGCCGAUAUGGACGACAGGAGGAACCGAAUGUUAACAAGGUAUAAUACUCAGAAGCUCACUGAGCUGAUUUUACAGUUUUAUGGCAUCAGAGCAGACAUGAAGCGGGAGUGCAAGCGUAACAGGAUGACUAUGAAAGCCAACAACUCGGGCGAGGCCAGCGGACUGGGCAGCCAAAGCCUGCCGAACAACGACUCCCUGACCCAGCUGGUGCAGCAGCCAGACACCGUGUACUUCAUCCUCUUCCUCUGGCUCCUGGUGUACUGCCUGCUGCUCUUCCCCCAGCUGGACUUCAACAGGCUCUGA